AUGGCUUCGGAAGCGGCAAUAAACGCACUGGUAGAAAGACUAGCCAAUAUUAGUAUUGACAAUAAAGUACAAGCUUUAGAAGAAUUGAAAACUGCACUAGGAGCGUUACGUCCAUCAGAGCUUCGGAAUAUUUUGCCAAAUAUUUCAGUUGCCAACGUUUUUAACUGUUUAAAUACACAAAACAAAUCUCAGCAGACGGUCUGCUGUGAAGUGUUGGAUCGCAUGAUGUCAACUCUGAGUGCUUCGGCUGCACUAGAGAACUUCCAUGCUCACUUCCUCACUUGGAUAGCUGUCCCAGAUGACUCACUGAAGGCCCUAUGCUUGCAUCAGCUGUCAAGAAUUAGCAGAGAAGUGCCAAAUGAAUUAAGCCAACAUGAAGACCUAGUUCUAGCUGUUGCUGGCCUUUUGGCAUCUGACAACCUGGAUGUGGGAUUGGCAGCCGCAGCUGUUCUCACACAACUGGGGCGAGAUCCCAGCGGAUUGAUCACUCUGUUUGCCGAGUCAGUGGUCAGAAAAAUUGUCGUAGCCAUGGAGAAGAACGAUGUCACAAGAUUUCGAGUUUACCAGGUCGCCAUAGAUCUGAGUGCAAUAUCACCCCAAGCACUAGAGGCCACUGUUCAAUCAGGUCUUCUCAAACAACUAGUCAACGAAACACAAGCUGAUGACAUCCUUGUUCAACUGAAUGCCAUUGAAAUGGUGUCUGACCUUGCUUUGUCACCCCAUGGCCUGGCAUUUCUAGACCAGGAAGGUGUUGUCGGCAGACUUGAAGAGAUGAUGACACACCUCAGUGAUAAUCCUUUGUCUGGACUGCUUCUGCCAGGUCUUGUUAAAUUCUUUGGAGGCCUUGCCAAAAACCACCCCAAAGAAGUGUUGUCAAGAUUUGACCAUUUUGUCAGGCUAGUCUUGAACCAUGUCACUGAAGGAGACCAGAACCUGAGAACUGUGUCUGUGGAAACUGUUGGCUUUAUUGCAUCCACACCCGAGGGGAAGCUGGCUUUGGAAAAGAUAGGCAACCCUGUGACAGAGUGUAUACAAAACAUUGGGAGCCUUAUACAGACAGGAGCCUCAGAUCUGAAGUCAAAAGCUCUCCAAGCGAUGUCUCAUAUUGUACACUUAGAGCCGGGUGACCAAACAGAUGAACUGCUGAGUCUGACUGAGAGAUGGUUCUGCACAUCCAUGACUGAUCCUUUCAAAACAGUUUGGUCCAUCGCCCAACAGCCAUUCACCGAUAUCAGAAUUCCAGCUUUCCAUUUGCUCCAGAGUCUUGCAUUAACACCCUGGGGUCAAAAACUGAUGAAUAAUGCUCCUGGGUUUAAGGAAUAUGUCCUUGAUCGAGCCACAGAAAACAGCAAGGAAGGGAAAGAUGAAAAAUUUGAACUUGUGAAAAUGUUAGCUCAUUCACCCACAGCCAUUGAAAUUCUAGGAAGACCGUACCAUGUAAAGUUGAUGGAAUAUUACAACCAGGGCCGUUUCUUUGUGUUAGCUCAGUCAGAGGUGGCAAUGGAGGGGGAUGGUUAG